AUGCAACAAAGCUUUACACCCCCACCUGUUGAGCGCACGUCCCGGCCAGAAGGUUCGCGUUCGGUAUCCCGUUCUCGGCAGGUCAGCCCACCAGAUCCCAAGGAGGUUCAUCUUGACACGGCGCUCUAUCAGAAGAAGAUUGACUUUAGGUCCUUGAGCCCCCCACCGAACUUCGACAUGCAGACGAUGCAGCAGGAGAUCAGAAGACUUGCUCAUGGCCAAGCCGACCUCCUGCAGAAACUCCGAGACCAACAAGCGCAAGUCAGCGUCAUGGAGUCGUCUACCCCUACUAUGCGAGAGUAUUCGGCAUUUGUGGUCCGAAAACAAGAUAUUGACGCAAGUGCCCUUCUCCCCCCGGCGGUUGACUCACCUGUGACCCUGUCACAACGUCUUUUGGCGCUCGAAGAGAUUACCCGGUGUAUUCAAGAUCAAGAUUUGGCUAGCCGUCCUCUGUCGGAGAAAAUUGCAAGUCUAGAGACCUCCGUUUGGUUUCAGGAAGAAAAAAUCACUGGAGCGACUCGCCGGAUGGACCAUAUUGAAGAGUCUGCCCACAUGCGUUGGAAGGAAACACAAGAAGAUUUGCAGUCCAUCCGAAGUGAUCACCAGAGACUGGAAGCCGAGGUGAGGGAAGCCGUCAAGACACUGGAGAACAAGUGGGAGACUACGCCAGCUGCGUUACAAGAGAGUCUCACCCGGGGCUUUGAGAAACUUGCAUGUACAAGUCCUAAGAGAGUCUUGAUGGCCGGUCCACCUUUGAUGGGGUCAACUGAUCCAUGGGCUCAUCAGCAGGCACCAUCAACUAUGGAUGGCUCCGAUGACGAUGGAGAAGACUUGGAUGUGGAGAAACCAACCAAGAAACCAACCAAACAGCAUGACGAACAUCAUGAGGAUGGCUCUGAUGAUAGUGACUCAGACUCCGAUAAUGGUCAAGAGAGGCCAAAGCAGGAUACUCUGACCAAGCCCACAGUGAAACCUAGCAGGGUCAACCCGACCUUGGAAAAGGAUAGAGACUCAGGAUCAGAUUUGGGCUCAGACGAUGCUAUGAUCACUGUAGAUACCAGCCCCGAGCUUCAGCCUCGGUACAACGACACCCAGGCUCUCUCCCAUGAAGUACCAUCGGACACUGAGGUCUUGGCUGAUGAUACAUUUUGGGAAGCCGACCUGGGCUGUGGGGUGGAGUCGGCCGAUCGAGUGAAGAAGAGAAAAUUCACUGAUGAGGAGGAUACACCCUGCAAGUUUCCUCGGUUAGAGAAGGGCAAAGUCAAAUGCCGAGCUGCCUCGGCUGUUAUCCAAGCCACUGUCAAACCAGCUCAAGCAACCAAUCUGAGGUCGGACACAACCAAAGCUUUGAAUAGCUUUGAUUUCACUAAGUCAAGUGGUGUCAACGCAAAACGACCAGUCCCUUCAAAACAAAAGGAGUCAGAGGCCGGUCCCAGUCAGCAACCAUCUAUUGAUGUCCCCACCAAGCCAAAACCAAAACCUCGUCCUAUCAUGAAAGGCAAGGUUUCUACAGGGGAACUCGGUAUAGUAACCUGA